AGAAAACCAAGACCUAUUUCACCGAAACUUUCAUCAAUAGGUUUCUGCUUGGUACUCAGAAACGUGUUUUAACGUGUUCUGAGAAACAUCAAAAGUUUUUUCCCACCAACACCUUUUAGAUGAACAUUCCUGGUUCAGAUUUACAAAGACGUUAGAGAAAUGGGUUUUGGGAAACAUCAAUUAAUAGUUGUUUGCUCUUCAUUAUCGUUUGGAAUCAGAAAGGGGUUUUGAGAAUCUCAAAUGAUUUUUGGGUACCAAAACGCCAUGAAUGACUACAGUUUCCAAAAACCGAAGAAUAAAAACUAAAAAAAAAGGCAAAAGCAAAAUUCAGAAAAUAAAAUACAAAUUUUUAAUUUAAAUUUGGAAAGGGAAACCUGAAAAGUACAAAUGCAGAUGCACAUAUAAACACAGAAAAAUAAGAACAAAAGGAACACUGCAGAAAGAAAGAAAGGGAGGAAACUCAAGUGCUGGAUGUUGCUCUGAAGGCCGCACCUCCAUAAAAGUACUCGUCUUUCGCCACUGAGCUUGGGCAGAAAGGUGGUGAUCUUGGUGAAGGUCAGGAAUACUGGAGAGGGUUUUCUCAGAGUCAGUUUGGGCUUUCGCUCAAUAUAGAUGUAUUGGCCAGAGCAAUUUAUAAGCCUAUUAUGGUAACUGAGUUUGUCAAAAAACUUUUGAGCAACAGACAACUGUCAAGGCCUUUGCCUGAUCGUGAUCGUUUGAAGGAGAAAAAGCCCUUAAAGGGGGUCAAGGUACCGCUUUCUUAUGAAGAGCAUACCGGUUAUGAAAUCACUAGGGUGUCAGUUGAACCACAGAGCAAGUUGAAGUUCACUCAUGAGAGGUACAAUAUUGGGCUAAGAGAUGUGGCAAUGCCUGCGCUUCAAACUGGGAGGGAUUCAAAACCUGUUUAUUUGCCAAUGGAGGUACCUGUACAGAUGGUUAAACACAAUGGUCACAAUAAAGAUGAGGUUAUCCAACGGGAAAUUGGAAUGACUAUAAGAGAAGAUAUGACUUUAGUUAAUGCUCGUGUUCUGUGGCCGCCUUUGAAAAUGUUUAACGGUGUUCAAGUGGAUUUCUGGGCAUAUGUUGAUUUUUCCCUAUUGGACCAAAGUUUUAACUUCCGAUUCUGUGAGGAUUUGGUCCGUCCGUGCAACAGCAAGGGAGUGCAUUUCCAUCCGCAACCUUUACUUCUGCAUCAAUCAGCUCAUCCUGGGAAAAUAGAGAGGGUGCUCGGAGAUAUCCAUAAGAUGUCUGGCAAGCAACUUGAAGAAGUUGGACAGAAGGGAAGGCAUCUUCAGUUGUUAAUUAUCAUUUUGCCUGAUGUCACUGGAUUAUAUGAAAAGAUGAUAAAACGAUUCCGGGAAAGUGAGUUAGGAGUCGUAUCUCAGUGCUGUCAGCCUACAGCAGCAUCGAGGCUCAGCAAACAAUAUUUAGAAAAUUUGUCGCUCGAGAUAAGUGAAGUUUGGUGGAAGGAACACUGUUGCCAUUCGAAGAAGGAUUCCUCUAGUUAGUGACAUCCCCACAAUCAUCUUUGCUGCGGAUGUUACCCAUCCUCAACCUGGGAAGGACAGCAGUCUGUCAAUUGCAGCUGUGGUGGCGUCAAUAGAUUGGCCACAGAUAAUCCAAGAUCUUUAUAGUGUAAACCAGGACCCUAACAAUGGUCUUGUUGGAGGAGGAAUGAUCAG